UCCUCUCCAUAGCAUCUCUCAAUAUCCCUCUCACCCUCUCUCUUUCUCCUCCUCCUCCUCCUCUUCUCCUGUCUGCAUUCACUCUGCCUCUUUGUACCAUGCGCUAGGUAUACACAUGUAAGUGUAAUCCGGGAGACAGCGGAGGGAUGGGAGUCAGUGAACAAGAGGCUGCUCUCUGAUUGAAAAACAGAGCUGCUGAGUAGUCACACAACCAGGACAGCUGCUGCUGCUGUGGACAUUGUAAGGGAUCAGAAUUUUACCUCCUGGAGUAGUUCAUCAUCUCUUUGUGCUCAUGUGUCUCCAUUCUCUGUGUUAUCUGUAGAACUGAGCUCCAGAUUAAAAGGAAAUUGCAGGAUGAUUGCAUCUGCACGUCAGUCUGUGAUGAGCCUCUGAUUACUACAGAAAGCUUGAGUGAGACAGACGGAUGAAUCGAGGACAAGCCAGUCGAGACUGCAAAGGGAGAUUCAUUAAAUUGCUCUUCUCGUCGUAAGACGCUGUACCUUUUUUGGAAGGUGCGUCUUCGUCUGUUUCUGGACUCUCCCGGGACCGAGACGGUGUUCCUGUGCCUGCAGUUUGCAGUGGCCAGUUGUUGGUUUCUGUAGCAGACAAAGCAGAGAGACCCACACAGGCUGAGGCUGUGUUGAAGCAGGAAACCCUCGGAAGACGAUAAUUCUCCUCUCCUCUUGUCUCUGCAGACAUAGCUGACUACCCUGACACCGACCCGAGUACCCUGCCUACUCUGGCACUGACCUGACCAAGAGACUAUCCAGACUGAAAGUAGCCGUGUAUUAGACUGACCCACCACAAGCUUUAACCGGAGCACCUAAAGCCGUGCCGGGCGGCUCCUAGUCCCAGCCAGGAUGCAGGUGUCGUUAGUGUGUACGGACCACAACCGUGGAGGGGUGAGCCGCAGUACAGAGGAACGGCUCAACCACCGCCAGAAUGCCAACAGCCCCAACACAGGCACCCGCAGCAAGUUCAGGGCUGUGGCCAUGGUGGCCCGUAGUCUGGGACAGCUCACUGUCCAGAGCCAGCCCACGUCCAGCGACCAGAGCAUACGGACCGGCAUGAAGUAUAGAAACCUUGGGAAGUCUGGCCUGAGGGUGUCCUGCCUUGGACUAGGAACAUGGGUGACGUUUGGUGGACAGAUAACAGAUGAGAUGGCCGAGCAGCUUGUGUGUCUGGCCUACGAGAACGGCAUCAAUCUGUUUGACACAGCAGAGGUCUACGCUGCAGGGAAGGCUGAGGUGGUGCUGGGGAACGUCAUAAAGAAGAAAGGAUGGAGACGUUCCAGUUUGGUGAUCACAACCAAGAUCUUCUGGGGCGGAAAAGCAGAGACUGAGAGAGGCUUAUCCCGAAAACACAUUAUAGAAGGUUUAAAGGCCUCACUGGAGAGACUGCAGCUAGAGUAUGUGGACGUGGUGUUUGCAAACAGACCGGACCCCAACACUCCCAUGGAAGAGACGGUGCGGGCGAUGACCCAUGUGAUCAACCAGGGCAUGGCCAUGUACUGGGGCACGUCCCGCUGGAGCCCCAUGGAGAUCAUGGAGGCGUACUCUGUGGCGCGGCAGUUCAACCAGAUCCCUCCUAUCUGUGAGCAGGCUGAGUAUCACAUGUUCCAGAGGGAGAAGGUGGAGGUGCAGCUGCCAGAGCUCUUCCAUAAGAUAGGUGUGGGGGCGAUGACAUGGUCACCGCUGGCCUGUGGGAUCAUCUCAGGGAAAUACGACAGCGGGGUACCACCUUACUCCCGUGCUUCUCUUAAGGGCUACCAGUGGUUGAAGGACAAGAUCUUGAGCGAGGAGGGCCGGCGUCAGCAGGCGAAGUUGAAAGAGCUGCAGGCAAUUGCGGAGCGGCUGGGCUGCACUCUGCCCCAGCUCGCCAUCGCGUGGUGCCUACGGAACGAGGGGGUGAGCUCCGUACUCUUGGGGGCGUCCAACACCGACCAGCUGAUGGAGAAUAUAGCAGCAAUACAGGUUCUUCCCAAACUAUCCUCCUCAAUCACACACGAGGUCGAUAGCAUCCUGGGGAACAAGCCGUACAGUAAAAAGGACUACCGUUCCUAACGCACCACCACGCCAGCCAGCAGUGCUGCUCCAGGGCUGCUGCAGCGCCAAAGCCCCACCUUUGCCUGAUCCUCCGUUUGCUUGAGCUUUUACUGAAUUAGACCCCGGCGCAUGAGUCUGACCCUGCCUCAGCCACCCUGGGGAGCAUCAUGUAGACUUACAGAGACAAGAAAAGGAUGAAGAAAUAGAGAGAGAUGGUCACAUCUGCAGGGAAGGAAGGACAGAUAGAAGAAAUAUGUAUUUUAAAAACUGAAGAAAAAAGAAGUUUAAAAAAACAUGCUUGCUUGGCAGCCAGAUAUUUCUUUUUUUGCAUUUGUUUCUCUAAAUACUGAAUGCAUACCAAUGGAUUUAAGUUUAUACAAAUAUACAACAAAAACUCUGUUGCACAUGUAUAGACACACAUUCAUUUUUUGGGAGUUCUGUUUAAUAUGUACAUCACAGUUUCUCUGAAACAGCUGUUAAUUUGUGUAAUCUACAUAUUAUCAGUGUCCCAGCCUCCUCGCAGGCAGAACAAUCAGCACUUUACUAUUGUACAGUUCAGUCAUUGGGAGGUUGUAGAAUACGUGAGAGGAUGAAAUAACUUAACCAUAUCACACACGGUGAGUCAUUGCACUGUAGGAUCUCCUCCCCUGUUCCCCUUAGUCAGUCUGGUCUCCACAGUGCUGGUUCAUAACAGACUGUUAUUUGACAAUAGUCCCUGGCCAACGGAAACACUAGUUGGUUUAAGUGCCCGCCCUUCCUGCCCAAUAGGAGUGAAAGCUCAGGGAUCGGAAAAGUAUUUAAUGUCCAUGUCUUUCUUUCAUGUGUGGACACCUGAUGGGGACCUGUCCACUGUCGAACCAGGGGCAUUUUCACGUGGCUUUGAGCCAAAGAUAUUCUAACAUCUUUCAACGCCACAUCUAAGUGGGUGUGGCUUGUUGGAAGAGUAUAUCAACCGUCUUAAAGCGUAUACUAUCCAGCUUAUUACCUAUUGACUCUCUUCACAUGUACAGUAUAAUCACUUGACCAUGCUGUUCUAUGCUUAUACCCACAUACACAGUACACAUACAUUGUACACUCCUCUACUUAGGGAAUGAUAUGUUGAUUUUCAGAAGGCAGAUAAUAAUCUAUACAUUUUCAAUAAUCAUAUACAUUGCACCCUGAAGACAUCUGCCGCUGCCCUCGUAUUCACUCUCUAGCUGUUAGGUCCUCUCUUACUGUGAGACAAAGCGCAAAGUGGAUAGCAUGUGAUACGUCCUCCAUGCAUGAGCCUUCGUCCAACAGCCUAUGGGGAUUAUUCAAACCAAGCAAAGUCAUGGUUACAAGAGUAAACUAACACGUGUAUAUAUAAGGAAUACUCACUCCUCUUUCAUAACUCAUUCUCUGGUUCAAUGAGUUCAGUUUUCUAGUACUGUAGGUCAAGAUCACGCGUUCAAUAAAAACUUGCAGUAUCUUUUUUACAAUCAGGGUCAAGUCUUAAUGCUAUUUAUGUUUUUGUAGGUAUUUGAUAGUUUUUUAAUGCAAGACUAUCAAGUAAAUGUUGAAAUGUAUCUUUCAUGCAAACAUUUUUAUUAGUGCUUGGUAAUUGAGUCACAGCCAGUUAACAUAUUUUGGGUAGGUAUAUGCAAACCUGCGUAAUAUGCAGUUCUUUAGUGAUAAUCCAUUAAUGUAACAUAUCUGAUAAAGUUCUUAGCUGACUAUAUCAAGAGCAAUUUUGGAAUAAUUUGAUGCAAUAUUUCAUAAUGAAAAUACUGAUAAUACAAAGAGAUGUCCGGUAAAAGAGUUACGUGGUAACGAAGUUAUAAACAUGCAAAAUAGCAUAUUGCAGUAAUAUGAUCUCUGGAUUGAUAUUUCUAGGACAAUUUCCUGAUUGAAUAUGUGUCAUGGAGCCAUAUGGGAGUCAUAAAAUGAAUCAAAAUCAUGUACGGUAAGUAUUGUUUCAUUUCUGGACAGCUGUGACUCCAUCACCAAGCACUAAUCAAUAUUUUGCAUGAAAGAUAUAUUUGAACAAUUACUUGUUAAUAUUGCAUUAAAGCACUAACAAAUACCUACAAAUGCAUAUAUAGCAUUAAGAUUUGGCCCUGAUUAUAAAAAUAUAUUUUUUAUAGUGGGAGUGUGACUCCGUUACCCUCCGCAAGGCCUUGCUCUUGUGUCAUUGGAUUGAAGGGAUGUCAAUCACGGAGGGGCUAUGCUUCGCCUGUCAAAUUGAAAGGUGACAAGAAUGAGGGGAUAUUGAAUUACAAAAUCUUUUUGCUUAUUAAACUACGUACAAAUAUCCUUUCUUUUAGUUAUUUAAAUGUUUUUAGGUUGAAUACUUAAAAAAAAAUAUAUAUAUAUAUAUAUAUAUAAAUUAAAUCCAUGAAAUCAUUUUUACACAUUUAACCUUUGAAAAUAAUGUACAAAUCAUUAACUAAAAAGGAUAAUAAUGUUCUAAUGUACAUAUUGGAGAUGUAAUUUGCUGUAGAAAAAAAGGGAAUACAGUCAUGCUUGAUUUUGUACAAAGUAACACUCAUGUUUAAACCAUCAUAACUUUAGAUAGGAUACAGUUACAUACAUAAUGAAGUGUGCUCUAGAAACUACACAAAGUCCUUUAUCAUUAUAUAUAUACACCAUUUAUUUUUUUAUGUAGAUGCUAACCAUGGUGUGACCUGGCCCUGUAGUGUCAGUGAGUAGGACAAAACUGCAAUGAUGAGUGAAGUGUAGAUGCUUCUCAGGCAAAGUGAAGAGGAGAUUUGGAGAAUCAGAAUAAGUGAGGUGUGUAUAUGUGGCUAACGCCUCGGGUCAGACAACAAGUAAUUGGCAUAGAUACAGAUUCAAAGUGUGUGUGUGUGUGUGUGUGUGUGUGGAGGGGAAACAAAUCUUUCUAGCGUCUGUUAAAUGUAAACUGUACAUUUUGAUUUGUCUGGUACUAUGUCUUGAGGGAAUUAGUGGCAAAGGCCAAUGUCCCAUAAAAACCCUGUUUCAUAAUGUAUCAUGAUUUUCUGUCUUACUGUCUUUCAGCAGGGUAAUGAGCCAAAUGACCGGAAAUCAUGCAGCAGAAAUGUUUCAUCAAAUAAAGAGCUCAAAGGCACUGUCACAAGGA